UGUUCGUUUUAUUCACUUCAGCAAGUCAUCAACGUUACUCAUCAGUCUUCAACUCAUUAUUCAUUCCACUUAUCUACUUCACAAAGAAAACGAUGACAUUGAUGAGACCCAAAAGCCUCACUUUUCUUACUAUCUUCACUCUACUAAUCCUCACUAUUAGCUCAACUCAGCCACCAUUCUCAUGCGAUCCAUCAGACCCGUCAACAAGCUCUCACCUUUUCUGCAAAACCUCACUGCCCAUUUCUCAAAGAGUGAGGGACCUUGUUUCUAAACUCACUUUAGAUGAGAAAAUCUCUCAACUCGUUAGCUCAGCUCCAGCCAUUCCACGACUCGGUAUCCCUGCUUAUGAGUGGUGGUCCGAGGCAUUGCAUGGAGUUGCCGAUGUGGGGCGUGGCAUUCAUUUUGAAGGAACUAUCAAAGCCGCCACUAGCUUCCCUCAAGUCAUUCUCACUGCUGCUUCUUUUGAUGCUUAUCAAUGGUAUAGGAUUGGUCAGGUGAUUGGAAGGGAGGCCAGAGCACUAUACAAUGCAGGGCAAGCUACAGGGAUGACAUUUUGGGCACCAAAUAUUAAUAUAUUUAGGGACCCGAGAUGGGGGAGAGGACAAGAGACUCCUGGAGAGGAUCCGUUGGUGACGGGAAAAUAUGCAGUUUCGUAUGUGAGAGGAGUUCAAGGUGAUUCUUUUCAAGGUGGGAAGCUUAAAGGGCAUCUUCAAGCUUCAGCUUGCUGUAAACACUUCACUGCUUAUGAUCUGGACAAUUGGAAGGGUGUGAACCGCUAUGCGUUCGAUGCUCGUGUGACUAUGCAAGAUUUAGCAGACACAUAUCAACCACCAUUCCAGAGUUGUGUUCAACAAGGGAGAGCCAGUGGGAUCAUGUGUGCUUACAACAGAGUUAAUGGAAUCCCUAGCUGUGCAGAUUUCAAUCUUCUUUCUAGAACUGCUCGAGGGCUGUGGGAUUUCCAUGGGUACAUCACCUCAGAUUGCGAUGCGGUCUCCAUCAUCUAUGAUAAUCAAGGAUAUGCCAAGUCCCCAGAAGAUGCUGUGGUUGAUGUUCUUAAAGCUGGCAUGGAUGUUAACUGUGGCUCAUACUUGCAAAAACACACCAAAGCUGCUCUGGAGCAGAAAAAACUCUCUGAAUCUUCCGUGGAUAGAGCCCUUCACAACCUUUUCUCCGUAAGAAUGAGGUUAGGACUUCUCAAUGGAAAUCCAAAAUCACAGCCUUUCAGCAACAUUGGUCCUGAACAAGUUUGCUCCCAGGAGCAUCAGAUGCUAGCUCUGGAAGCUGCCCGUAAUGGCAUUGUUCUCUUAAAGAACUCUGCCAGACUCCUUCCACUUCAAAAAUCCAAGACUACGUCUCUUGCUGUAAUUGGCCCAAAUGCUAAUUCGGUGCAGACACUUCUCGGAAACUAUGCGGGCCCUCCAUGCAAAUCUGUUACUCCAUUGCAGGGAUUGCAAGACUACAUUAAAAACACUUUCUAUCUCUCAGGUUGCGAUGCAGUCAAAUGUUCUUCAGCUUCCAUAGACAAGGCAGUUAGCAUAGCAACGAGGGUGGAUCAUGUGGUACUGAUAAUGGGUUUGGAUCAAACGCAGGAGAGGGAGGAGCUUGAUCGCGUAGAUUUAGUGCUUCCGGGGAAGCAACAACAACUUAUAACCGAUGUUGCAAAAUCUGCAAAGAAUCCAGUUGUUCUAGUGGUUCUUAGUGGAGGUCCAGUUGAUAUAUCCUUCGCCAAGUACGAUAAGAACAUUGGAAGCAUUUUAUGGGCUGGUUAUCCCGGUGAAAUUGGUGGCCGUGCACUUGCUGAAAUCAUCUUCGGCGAACACAAUCCAGGUGGUCGAUUACCAAUGACAUGGUAUCCCCAAGAAUUUGUCAAAGUACCCAUGACAGAUAUGAGGAUGCGACCCGAUUCUUCGUCAGGUUAUCCUGGCCGAACAUAUAGAUUCUACAAAGGCCGGAAUGUAUUCGAGUUUGGCUAUGGUCUUAGCUAUUCAAACUACUCCUAUGAGCUUAAGCACGUACCUAAAAACAAACUUUACUUGAAUCAAUCUUCAACAAUGCGUAUACUUGACAGCUCAGAUCCAGUUCGUGCUGCAUUGGUCGCUGAGUUGGGCACGGAAUUCUGCGAGGAAAGUAAAUUAUCAAUUCGAGUUGGAGUAGAGAACCAAGGGGAAAUGGCAGGUAAGCAUCCGAUAUUGGUGUAUACGAGACAGCAGGCAAGGCAUGGAAAUGGGAGACCAAGGAAACAGUUGAUAGGGUUCCAAAGUGUGAUAUUACGUGGUGGUGAAAAAGCUGAAAUUGAAUUCAAGCUAAGCCCUUGUGAGCAUUUUAGCAGAGCUAAUGAAGAUGGUUUGAUGGUGAUGGAAGAAGGUGCGCAUUUCUUGAUCGUAGGAGAUGACGAGUAUAUAAUUUCCAUCAUAAUUUGAUGUCAAGAUUACUUGUUUUUCGCUUGGUGCCAUUAUGAUGAACCAGAAAAUGGGCGAAAUCCAACAAAAGAAAGUUAUGUAUGCAAGGAGACUGAAAAUGUAUUGUCUGUACUUCCAACUUAUUAUAAAGGAAAAAUUAAAUGAGUAUAUUUGAACUUCUGAUUUUACUA